GCGUGUGCGUACGUACGUGCGUGAGAGAGGAGCCGCAGCAGCCGCGCGCGGACGGUUUGCUCUCGCCCGUUAGCGCCAGUCCCGCCGCCGUCGCUGCUGCCGCCGCCGCCUCGCGCACCUCCGCGCCUCGCGCCCCGCUCGCCACCGCCAUGUCCCGCUACUUGCGCCCGCCCAACACGUCCCUGUUCGUGAGGAAUGUGGCCGACGACACCAGGUGUGUGUCUGAAGACUUGCGCCGGGAAUUUGGUCGUUAUGGUCCCAUAGUUGAUGUGUAUGUGCCACUUGAUUUCUACACUCGUCGUCCAAGAGGAUUUGCUUACGUUCAAUUUGAAGAUGUUCGUGAUGCUGAAGAUGCCCUGCAUAAUUUGGACCGAAAAUGGAUUUGUGGACGUCAGAUCGAAAUCCAGUUUGCACAAGGGGAUCGCAAAACACCAAAUCAAAUGAAAGCCAAGGAAGGGAGAAAUGUAUACAGCUCUUCUCGCUAUGAUGACUAUGACAGAUAUAGGCGAUCCAGAAGCCGAAGUUACGAAAGGAGGAGGUCUAGGAGUCGUUCUUUUGAUUACAACUACAGAAGAUCUUAUAGUCCUAGAAACAGUAGACCUACUGGAAGACCACGCCGUAGCAGAAGCCAUUCAGACAAUGAUAGAUUCAAACACCGAAACCGGUCUUUUUCGAGGUCUAAAUCCAAUUCAAGAUCACGAUCCAAGUCCCAGCCCAAGAAAGAAAUGAAGGCUAAGUCACGUUCUAGGUCUGCAUCUCACACCAAAACUAGAGGCACUUCUAAAACAGAUUCCAAAACACAUUAUAAGUCAGGCUCAAGAUACGAAAAGGAAUCAAGGAAAAAAGAACCAGCCAGAUCCAAAUCCCAGUCAAGAUCACAGUCUAGGUCUAGGUCAAAAUCUAGAUCAAGGUCCUGGACUAGUCCAAAGUCCAGUGGCCACUAACAGCAUAACCAUAAUGUUUUUAGGCAUGUAUCAUUCAUUUACUCAUAGUUCAGUUUACUAAAUUAUCAGGAAUACAAUGUUGCAACAGUGCUCAAAAAAAAAAGACAAAAAAAAGCCCCUCCCCCCCCAAAAAAAACAACUUUUACUUUUGUCAGUUUUCCCUGUAGCAGGCAAUGGUUAUUAUAAUUAAAAUGAUAUACUGUUGAGAAGCCACUCUUAAGAGUCCAGUUUGUUAAAUGUCAUGGGCAGCUACCAAUUUGAUUGUGGUGUCUCUGUAUAUUUUUGUAAAGAUUCUCCUUUUUUAUGCUUGAAAUAUUGGUAAAAAGUUGUUAGUUGACCAUAAUUUGCAACAUUGUCCUAUUAGAAAUAAAGUUCAUAUCCAUGAAGCAAAAAUGGUAUCAAUUUGACAGAACAACUGUUUUAAGCUAGAAAGUUAGGUUGUUCCUUAAAACGUGAAACAAAGUGGAAAAUUAGCCACAGUAUAACACUGACUGCUAUGGCAUUUCAGGUUUAUAGUGGACCUGGGGGGUAGGGGAAAAGGUGUGUUUUUGACAUUUCUGUGGCUAUAACAUUCGUUGGUACAUGGAGCAGUGUGGUGUUAAGGUUUUCUUGUCAGCUGAACCAUCUCAGGUAGAUGGUACCCACAGAAGAGGAGACGGUGGGGACUCUUCAGGGAGAUUUUUGACUAGAGCAGAAACUACUUUUGCCUGGUUUCUGAAUAUUUUGAAAAAUGAAAACAUCUGUAAUGUUAGCUAAAGUUUGAGGUCAUAAUAGCAGCAGAAAUAUUUUUAGGAAAAAAUGUGUGCUGUUUUUGUAGCUAUUCUGAAUUUUAGAGAGCUGUUAAUCAUAAUAUUGCUUAGUUUUCUUACUACUGUUAGAGGCAAGUAAAUUGUUUAAAAGUAGGUUUUGUUUGUGUGUGUGUGUGUGUGUGUUGUGUGCAUAGUGUUUAAGAACUCAGUUUUGAUGCCAAUGACAUUCAGUUGUUGUGUUCAUUUGUAUCAGAAUCUGCCCACCUCUUCCUGAGGGAGGCUUUCCUCUUCUUUAUACUUCACUUUAUUUAGUGAGGCAAGUUUCACUGAUAACACCCCUAAGACCGAAUGUUAUUUCGGUGCCAUAAAAUGGAAAAUAAUUAGAGGCAAAGGAGGCUAUAGAUUUAAGCAAGAGCUGCAUCUCCAGGUUUUUAGUUGAUCUUAAAUGCAGUACUCAGCUAUAAACAAAUGUGACCAUGGUACCAAACCAUUAUGUGAUUCCAAGUAUUUCUCUGAAAGGCAAGUCGUUUCAUUUUUGUUCAAACAAAAGUGGCUUUCGACAAGGUCCAACCUCAUUUCAGUACAAGAGCUAGCAUUAGUACCCCUUGGAUUGCUUGUUAAUAUAAGCAUAGAGAUGUUGGUGGGGAAAAGUUUCCUUUUAGAGACCUACUUUAUGUUCUAUCUUGGUUUUAGUUAUCUAGGCCAGGCCUGUAAAAAAAAAAAAAAAAAACGAUGGUUUUAAAAUAUUGUUUGUGGAACAUACUUAAGGGAUUGAUUCUAGAACCUUUGUAUAUUUGAUAGUCUUUCUAACUUUUAUUUCUUUACUGUUUGCAGUUAAUGUUCAUGUUCUGCUAUGCAAUCAUUUAUAUGCACGUUUCUUUAAUUUUGUAGACUUUCCUGGAUGUAUAGUUUCAAAACAACAAAAAGUCUAUUUAAAACUGUAGCAGUAGCUGGCAGUUCUAGCAAAGAGGAAAGUUGUGGGGUUAAACUUUGUAUUUUCUUUCUUAUAGAAGCUUCUAAAAAGGUAUUUUUAUAUGUUCUUUUUAACAAAUAUUGUGUACAACCUUUAAAAACAUCAAUGUUUGGAUCAAAACAAAAAGACCCAGCUUAUUUUCUGCUUGCUGUAAAUUAAGCAAACAUGCUAUAAUAAAAACAAAAUGAAGGACAUCAUGACCAACUGGAAUUAUUACAGUUUUAAGCCAUGAUUCUGUAAUAGAAGCUUCUUUUUAAAUAUCAUUCCAUGGUGAAAUGGGCUUGGUAAUGAGUGUCUGUUAACCAUAGCUACUUUUGAUUUUGAAUGUUACAGACUAAAAAGGAUACAUCUCUUGAUUGAUACCUUGACAUUACCUUAAGCAACAGUGUAUUUCAUAGUUAUUCCAUGAAUACACAUUGUCUUCUGAAGUCACUUUGUUGUCACUUGUUAGAUCUGGAAGGGAGCCAAGAACCAAGGUAGUGAAGUGACUCCUUUUACAGAAAAGGAAACUGAGGCCCUGAAAGGUGAUUGAUCAAUUGCACAGAGUCACACAGCUAAGUAAGUGACAGAGCUGGACAAGAGAAGGCACAGCCUUUUAGUCCAGCAUGCCUUCCACUCUCCUCCCCAUCCUGCUUCUCAUUCACCAUGGCUUCAUUAUUUUAUCAGGACUGUUCUCCCAUUAUCAGACACACCCUUCUAUUAAAAGCAGAGCAAACCUUCUCAUUGAAAGUAAGUCUUGAUCCUCAUCCCUUUGAAAUUUGCCGCCAUUAUUGGUUGGUCCUCUCUGCCUUGGAAAAUCACAGAUUAUUGCUCCCUCUGUGGUCCUUCUAGUAAACUGUAUCCGAUAAUGGGUUAGAAUGGCUGGGCCCUCCCUUUUAGAACAUCUGGCUUUCUUCCAAAAUAACAAGUAUCUUUUAUUUUUUUUUAUGAAGAUGCAUCAAGAGAAACAUCUGGGUGCUUUGAUUAGAAUUGAAUUUAAUUAACUAGUCUUUGUGAGGCAGGGCUAAUACUCCAGCUGAUUAUUUCCUGGAAUUGAAAAUACUCAUUUGAUGUUGCCGUGUUCUACACUUGAAUGCUAUUUUAGUGAUAUUUACAUGUAUAUCUUUAUAGUGAAGAUGCAUUUGGUGGUAAAUAUGUACUAAGUUCUGUAGUACAACAAAGCAAGAAUCUGGUUUCCUCUGGUCUGAGGCUGGAUGUUUUCAUCUGGGAUUCCCUGAAAACCUCAUUCUGUCCACACAUUCCAUUGGCAUGUUCUUCCUUCUUAAGUAGAGCUCCACCCACGCUCCUGAAGACAAAGGCCAAACACAGAAGUGGUUAGUUAGAAUGUUAGUCAUUUAAAAGUUGGUUAAAUUCAAUUUUAAGUUAGAAAUCCAUGUUGCUUGAACUUUCCUGUCACCUCAUUAUAUAGAAAGUGGUAGUGGCAGUGGGGUCUUUGACUUCGAGAAGUUUUCUUGUUUUAUUAAAGCUAAAAUAAGGAAUAAUGAUUUUGGAGUUUUAAGCUUCAGCCACUUGGAAUAAUAAACAUUUUCAACCAGAGGAGAUAAUAUAAUACUCCCAACCUGUUACAGGAUAAAGUCUUCUUAAUGUCAAGAAAAAUUUUACAGCACCCUACUUGAUAGCAGUUGUACUGUGGAAUCUGUUCACAGAAAAAAUAUAUCACAACCUAAAGCUACUAUGAAUUCAGUAACUUGUAUCUCAUUAAUCAGCGCAUCUGUAUCACCAGGAAAAAUGGCAAUGUACUUGUGUAAGAAGGUUUGAUGUGUAAAAACUUUCUCCUGUUGUGUGGAGUAUAAUCAAGAAGAUCAAGUAAUAUGUUUCCGUGCCUCACAACUUGGGAACCACUGGUGCAAGGCAGGCUUUUUAUUUUUAUAGGUGGGGAAACUGAGGCCCAGUUAGACUGGCAGAACUGGCGUUUGAGGCCAAGCGUCCUGGUUCCCAGGCCAGCGUUCUGCCUGCUGUUGCCCUUCUUCAUGACAAUUGUUGAAUGGUUUUUUUUUUUGGUUUUGUUUUAAAUAAACUGAAUAACUUUGUAAAAUGUAAGAUAUAGAAGAGAGUUGUAGCUAAGCAUCAACAAAUCAGCCUUGUUCUUAUGGAGCCAAUAAUUAAUGGCUUUUAAUGACCCUGAUGUAUAGGUCCCUAGUUAAAAAUAAAUUCAAGUGCUUUCCAUCCAGCAACAACAAAGUAGUAAUGUAAGAAGUAAGGCUCAGGUGUGAUUGACUCUGAAAGCCACACACUGUCAAAUGUGAAUUCCUGUGUCUCGGGACAAAAAAAGUAACCCAGAAUAGUCUAGGUAUAUUUCCUGUGCUCCUUUGUUGGCUUCAGCAGCAGUGCAAUUUGUGUCUAUCCGCACUUCGUUUACAAGAUUUGAUAAGUAGGGGAAGGGCUGGAGACUUAAAUAGCCUUGUACUGUGUCUCUUAGUGGUGAGAUGAAUACGACUUAGCUAUGAAUCUUGUUUCUCCCUCCCUUUUCAUAGGAUUUAAGUCUGGAAGAGACUUUAUUUUAGAUAAUAUCCCUCAUUUUACAGAUGUAAAAAGCAGGCCCACGGAGUUUUGAAUUACAUAUCCAAGAUCACAUAGUAAAGAACAUAUUUGGGGUUCAGAUUACGGUUUUCUGAUUCCACGAUUCAUGUACAGGAUCACAGCAUCCCUGUGGGUUUCUUUUAAUACCCUUCAAAAUGCUGUUGGAAAUAGUGCACUGCUUCCUCUUGAUAUUGCUAUAAAGCAAGACAGUACCAGUGAGAAAACAAGAAGAAAAAGGAUUCUAGAUUGUCACGUAAUAAGAGGCGGAUCUAAUGAAUUCUUAAGUUUCUAUUCCUUUAAAUUGAUCAUCUUCUAAUUGUGUUAAAAGGUUUAAGGGUAGAGAUUGCAUACUCCUUGUUAGUGAUUGGUUUAAUCGAUAAUCAAGACAAUGUCUUUAUUCAAUACUUUAAAAAAAAUCUAUGGAUGGCACUAACUCUUUUAACACUAAGUAUUUUUUAAAGUAUUUUUCCUUACUACAACCCUAGAUAGAUAAUGUAAAUUUCCUCUAUUUAUAAAUGGGGAAACUGAGGCUCUGACAGGUAAGUAACUUACCCAUGGACACAGCUUAUGUCAGGAGGUAGAAUUUUACUUGUCUCCCUGACUCCCAAGACCAGCAUUUUUCACUGUCCUGUAGUUACCCCUAGAGCCCUAUUGUGAGUGAAUUCUGGUGCCUGUGUCAAAAUAGGGGACAAGGAACAGUGCACUGUAGAGAAUAAUCCAGCCCAGUCGGAUGUAGUGCAACUUCUGGGAAGAAAGUGUAGAAGAAACCAGAGAGUACUAAGGACAGCAGCAGUAAAAAGGCAGAGUGGCAGCAGCUGUAGGAUGGGAGUGAGACUGACCAUUGUGGGAUGACCCUUCCAUACUUGAAGGGACAAGAGUAUAAGUACACGUAUACUAGGCAAGCUUUCAAAAGAGGCAAAGGCAGCAAACAGAAGAAGGAGUGAGCCUGGGACUCGGCCUGAAACCCAAAGACACUAGAAAGGUGGACUAGGGAGGAAUUGGAUAGAUACACGCUCAAGUAUAUAUCAAGCAUCCUGGUGCAAAGCCCAGUCACCCUGUCCUAGUUACAGCUUGGCACCUUUGGUGAGCUAACCUCAAACUUACAAAGCACUUGCUCCACGACAACCCUGUGCAAAUAAGUAGUGUGUCUAUUAUCCCUGUGGUACAAACCAAGAAACAGGUCAGAGGGGUUAAAGUGACUUUACCAGGGUCACAGCUAGUAAAUGUUGGAACCAAGACUCAGACUCAGGCCCCUUCUGAGUCCCCAGUCCAAUGUUCUUGACACUAAACCACAGCUGCAGAUGGGUAGAGAUCAAAACCAAGGCACCACAAUUCUUUGUUACAUUAAAUAACUCUUGAAAUGAAAGGGCGCAGGAACUAAAGCUUUGGCGGUCUUGUUUUUGCUGACUUUUGUAUUGUUUUUUUUCUACCUCAUUCCUGUUUGCAAAAUACUAUAGAGAAGAUUCCAUGAUUUCUCUUACAUU